AUGGCCACAAAUACUACCAAAUCUAUACAUACUCUUAUUAUUGACGCAGGGCCAAUCAUCAAGAAUGAUCCCUCAGUCUCUACACUUCUUGGCCAAGCAGAAAAUCUCUACACUAUCCCCCUCGUUAUCGACGAAAUUAAAGAUGCCGUCACAAAAACCAGAUUCGAAACCACCCUGUUACCUUUCCUCAAAUUAAGAGCGCCGAGAUCAGCUAGCAUCAAGGUCAUAACAGAGUUCGCGCGAAAGACGGGAGAUUUGGAAGUACUCAGCAGACAAGAUAUCCAUUUGAUGGCCUUGGCUUAUGAGCUUGAAUGCGAACGAAACCAUGGAGAUUGGAGAUUACGAAGUGUGCCAGGACAAAAGAGGUUAAACGGACCCCCUCCUGCAUCAUUAAGUGGAGAGAAGCCUGUCGAUACCACCGAGAUCAAGCAAACGAACGAGGACAUCAAUACGUCUGCGCCUGAGAACGUCAUAAGUCAUCCAAUGCUCGAAGAUUCGACUGAAAUCGUCGAGCACCCAGUAGCUUUGAAGGAACCAAACCUCGAAACCAAAGGCGCAUGGGGAACAUCCAUAGUUCGCCCAACCGAAGAAUCCAACGUCGAGACAGAACCUCUUGAAAAGGCACUAGAAUCUACUCAUAUAUCCACCACUGAGGAACCAGAGAACACGGAGAAUCCAGCAGCAGAAGAAGUAUCCACAGAAGACCAGACUCAAGAACCAAUCGAGUCUGAAGUGACACCGGAAAGCGCCCUCGAUUCAUCGAAUAUAGAAGAAGUAGCCGCGUCCGAAUCCGAAGCCGAAGACGACGGCGAAGGAUGGAUCACGCCCUCCAACCUCAAGAAACACCAACAAAAAGACGGAAACGGCACCUUCGAGCCCCAAGAAGAACAAAAAGCCAUCCAAGUCGCAACCAUCACCACCGAUUUCGCCAUGCAAAACGUCAUGCUGCGCAUGAACCUCAACCUUCUCUCCUCCUCUCUGCAACGAAUCCGCCAACUCAAGACCUGGGUCCUGAGAUGCCACGCCUGUUUUAGCAUCACCCGAGACAUGACGAAGCAAUUCUGCGCGCGGUGCGGCAAACCUACUUUACUCCGAACCUCGUGUUCGACGGACAAGGAUGGAAAUGUCAAGGUCCAUCUCAAGAAGAACAUGCAAUGGAACAACCGAGGAAACGUAUACAGUGUGCCUAAGCCUGUUGCCGGAACCGCCAACGGAAAGAAUAUCAAGGGUGGUGGUAAGGGAGGAUGGGGAAAUGAGUUGAUAUUAGCCGAAGAUCAAAAGGAAUAUACGAGAGAAAUGGCCACUACAAAGAGAAAGAAGGACAAGGAUCUCAUGGAUGAAGAUUAUCUACCCAGUAUUUUGACUGGAGACCGUGGCAGAGCAGGUGGUAGACCAAAAGUUGGAGCGGGCAAGAAUGUUAAUUCCAAGAGACGAAAUUAG